GUCUUCAGCUCACGUUUCCACUGCGAACCAUCACCUCAGUUGGUGCUGGAACUUUUACCUGAAAGACGUGCUCUGUUGCGAAUUUUGUCCCAACAAUUCUGUGCUGUUUGGCCGUUCUUGGAUUACAUUUUACCUUAGCGUGAAGAAUGCCUCAGUGAGGCGUGAAAUGUGUGCUAUCGCGUGAAGGGUGUUGCCCAAGAAAAGAAAAUUGAUCCAUCUCACAGCAUAAAACAUUUUCUUUGGAAUAAAAGAAGACAAUAAUGUCGAAAGUAGUGCAAGUGUGGUGUACCUUUCUUGUAUUUCACCUGAGCAAUUUCUACUAUUCAAUUGAUUGUGCUGAAGAAAAGUAUCAAGGAAAGUACAUUGGAAAAAUUAAUUCUUACCAUCAUCAAGUUUCUGGGGAUGUUUAUGCCGUUGAUGAAAAUACCUUUCUCCUCUCGAGCUUCAAUUAUGACGGAAACGGAGCGGAUACUUUCUUCUGGAGUGGAGCUUCUAAUCGUCCUGGCCCUCAAGGAUUUAUUGUGCCAGAUGAAUUUGGAAAGACAAACAUCCUUGAAAGAUACUUCAAUAAGGACUUUACGUUGAAGCUUCCUGACAACAAGAAGAUUACAGAGGUCAAAUGGUUGGCUAUUUAUGAUCUCAACAGUCAAAAUGACUUUGGAGAUGUCUAUAUUCCUGAAGACUUUGAGCCUCCAACUCCGCAAAUUGGUGGAAGUUUCACAAAAGGAUCUCAUGGUGUUCGCAGUGAGAGCAUUGAAAUUCUGGAUUCGAAGACAAUCCGCAUUCCGGAAUUUAGUUACAAUGGCGGUGGUAAAAGGACGCACUUCUUUGCUGGCGUUGGCCCUGCUCCAUCAAGCAAAGGCAGCAAGAUUCCUGAUGAAUUGGGAUACUUAGAUCCAAUCAGGACAUACGACAGUGAGACAAUUACUUUGGAGCUUCCUGGAGAUAUGACAAUCUUCGAUAUUGACUGGAUCAGUGUGUACGAUCUGGACAGAAAUGAGAAUUUUGCAUCAAUUCUGAUUCCAGAUGAUCUCAAUGUUCCACCUUCUCUAACAAAGAUCCAACAACAUCCAGCUGCUUUGCCAAACUGCAGACAACUCCACAAAGAUCUGCGUGUUUCAUGGGAAGUCUUUGGUCCGCAGAUUACAAUUGAAUUAGCAGGACAGGUGCUUCCUGAUGAGUACAUGUCCUUUGGUCUGUCUGGCUCUGAAGAGAGGAGUCAAAUGUUAGGAGCUGAUGUUGUUGUAGCUUACAUUGAUGGCUUCAGGGGCUAUGCAACAGAUUACAACAUUACUUCGCUUGCUCCUUGCGUUCAAGUUCUAGGACAGAAUAAGGGCGUUUGUCGGGAUGAUGUAGUUGGUGGUCUGGACAGUUUUCAGAUCCACACGUUUACACGCGAAGAUGGGAUAAAUACGAUAACAUUCCGAAGGACACUGAUAUCCUCUGAUCCUGGUGACAAGGAAUUCCUCCUUGAUAAACCAAUGUACGUUGUAUGGGCAAUGGGACUCCUUGACUCCAAUAAGGAGCCUGCUUUCCAUGACAUCUACCCACGACAGGAUGUUGUGAUUCACUUCAAUUCAACUGAUCCUGUUAACGACUGCUUUAGCUUCACACGCAGUGAGCGAUCGCAGGCAAAAGAACCUUGGGAGAAGACACAGAUCUUUGACAGAUCCAUCAGAUCGUUUACGGCUGUUUUAGGUCCUGCUGGAGGGAAACGAGGAUAUCAAGGGAUAACGGGACACGUUUCAAAUGGCCUAGCGUGGUACAUCAAUGGCGUCAUGAUCCCAGAACUCUGGCUUCGUCGUGGUCUGACCUACGCCUUCCGUGUUCAUGGGGGCAAUAAUCCCCAUUCCCCUGAAUACUACCACCCUCUGGUUAUCACAGAUGAGCCUAAAGGAGGCUAUGAUCGUCUCACAGACGCCAAACAGUCAGAGAUUCGCGUGCUGGCCGGUGUUGAAUUCACAAGACGUGGUCGACCAAAGCCCACAGCAGCUGGCCCCUUGUGCAUAGCACGUCAUCAGGAGCAUCAGGAUCGUCGGCUAGACGACAAUUUCCCAACAUUUAAGAAGUUCAACAGGACCCUGCACUACACGUGCGAGCCUGGAGAUCCUGCUACCCUCGAAAUCACUCCCAACACCUCCUGGCCUGAUAUAGUCUACUACAACAGCUUCACGCAUGCAAAUAUGGGGUGGAAAAUUCACAUUGUCGAUAGUUUUUCCACCAACGUUGGCUGUAGUCAGCGAUUAGAAAUUUUCCUGCUCUUCGUGGCACUCUUGCUGUCCAACGCUGUAGCUCUAAGAAGCUAAGAAAAAAAAAUGUGAUCUCGGCUUUCGAGGAAGAUGACGCGAAAGGACAAAACGAGAAUAAAUCGAAUUUGACUGAAAAAAAAAGGUUUUUAAAAAAAUCUAAUUCAACGAUCCUUCAUUAAAAAAUAAAUAAAACUAAAAAUAAAUUUAAAAAAA